AUGGCGCCCCAAGACAGCUUUAUCGAUGAGGAGGAGGACACCUGCCCUCUCUGCAUCGAGCAGUUCGACCUCUCGGACCGAAACUUCAGGCCGUGCCCAUGUGGCUAUCAAAUAUGCCAGUUCUGCUUCAACAACAUUAAGAGUAACAUGAACGGGCUUUGCCCAGCAUGCCGGAGACCUUACGACGAGAAGACCAUUCAGUGGAAGGUGGUCACUACGGAGGAAGUUGCCGAGUUUCGCGCCAACAUCCAGAAGAACCAAAAGAAACGGGCCGCCGAGCAGCGCCAAAAGGAGGUGCAGAGGCGUGAAGCCGAAAAGGAGAAUCGCAAAAACCUCGUUGGCGUUCGCGUGGUGCAAAAGAACCUCGUUUAUGUGACAGGCCUGACCCCCACGGUCCGCGAGGACGAGCUCCUCAAGACUUUGCGCAAGCCCGAGUUCUUCGGCCAGUACGGAAACAUCCAGAAGAUAUCGAUUAGCAAUCGGCGAAGCUCGGAUGGCCAAAACCAGUCGCUUGGCAUCUACGUCACGUUCGAGAAGAAGGAGGACGCGCAGCGCUGCAUCCAGGCCGUUAACGGCUCUCAGAACGGUGACCGCGUCCUCAAAGCCCAGCUUGGUACGACCAAGUACUGCUCUGCUUGGUUGAGACAUGAGCAGUGCUCCAACCGACAAUGCAUGUUCCUGCAUGAACUCGGCGACGAGGAGGAUAGCUACACGCGACAGGAUCUGUCGUCGAUGAACAGCAUCCAUACCCAACGUCCUUUGUCGAACGCUGGCGGCUCGUCAUCUCGUGCGGCUUCCCGGCAGCAACAGCAGCCGACUCCGGCCCAAGCCAGCCAGGCACAGCAACCGCUGUCAGCUCAACCAAUGGCCAGGAGUGUCAGCAAAGAAGGCUCCGACAACGGCGACUCGUCUGCUCUGCCAUCGUCGGCGAACUGGGCUCGGAACCCUCAGGUUCGCAGCAGGAGGGGCAGUCAUGCCACUAGCGGUGCCGCAUCGAGCCCCGCCAUUUCCAUGUCUUUGCCUGUAACAGCCGAGGCCCCGCAAGAGGAGGCUAUUGAGGAGAGCCCGAGUGAUGAAGAGGAGGCAAGCGAGCCCCCUGCCCCGACUGUGCCAACGCCCGCACCCGAGACGAGCGCACCGACCGAGCCCUCCAAGCCAAGGGGUCUCCAUGAUGAGAUCCUGCGUCGACUUGUCAAAUCUAUCCAGAAAUGCCCGUUUCCAUUUGUGGCAGUGGACCAGCAGAAGCUGGACGCGUUUCCCCCUCUCUUCGACAGUCGGGGUGGCGAGAAGCGACGUGCGAUGAGGGAGGAGGAGAACGAGACGCGGGGUGCCGAGUCGGAAGAGUCGGCUGAGGCACAGGAGGCCUCGGAGGGCGAACCUGAGCAGGGUGGCAGCCUUGCCCUUGGUGGGGAGCCCGAGGACCGCGAGGUUGGCCACGACGGUCUUGCGUUCGAUCAGCGCCGCCCUGCCACGCAACCACCCAUUCAGAGGACCGGCACUGCCGAGGGCAUCUUCGGCCCUGCCGUUGGAUCGAACUACUCGUCGAACGUGGGAGCAGUCGGGGCUCGAGCCAUGACGCCGCAGCAGCAGCAACUUUUCUCCCGCCCACAGGGAGCGUUUGUCGAUCAUCUGCCUCCCGGAAUCACCACGGCCCAGUCCUCGCUGUUCCAGGGCCAAGGCCAGGCGCAUAACCGCCAGGGCUCGAGGUACAGCUUCGCCAAUGAGAACAGCGACACGAGCGGCUCGACCUCGGUGAAGCUGGCCGCGAACCCGAGGGCCAUGGCGCAGCAGUCGUCCAUGAUGCCUUCAUCGUCGUCGUUCCAUUCGCAGCAGGCCAACCAGUAUUACGCCACUUCAAUCUCUGGACCGCCGCCUGGGCUGAAGUCGACGGGGACGCCGCCGAACCUGUUUGGGCAGGGGCACGGUUUUGGUGCCUCUGCGUUCGGUGGCGGGUCCUCCAAGGACUCCAACGAUCUGUUGCAAACGCUGAUGCGCGGGCGCGGUGGCCAAGGUGCCCCGGCCCACGACGCAGGAAAGCAAGAAGACCUUUCGGCUCUUGAUGAGGCGGUCACGAGUAAUAUCGAGGCCAUCAUAUCGGAUGAGUCGAGCGAGACGGCCGUGCUACCACCGCCGGGAAAUCUUGGAAGCACCGCCGGCCGCUCAGGGACACCAUCUGUGCCCCCCGGAUUCGGCCUUGUCGCUGCCCCAACGCAACCUGCACAGACGCCCACCAAGCCCGCAUUGCCGGUUUCUCUGGCACCCACCCCGACCCGGCAGCCGGCUUCGGCCGCCGUCACGCCGUCGAAGAGGUCGGGCACCGAGGCCAAGAAGAACAUCAAGGCGUUGGCUGUCGAGAGCGGCCUCACCAAGGACAUCGCAGCACAGUCUUCCAAGUCGACCAAAUCAAAGACGGUACUGCAGGAGGAGGACUUUCCUGCGCUGGACGCCGUCAAACCUGCAGCUGUCUCGCAGCCCGCCGUUCCUCCUGUGCCUGUCAGUUCCAAAUCAGCAGCAGCCAAGUCGGUGGCCAAGAAGGGCGCCGCACCGGCCGAGACACCGUCAACUUCGAGCCCCAGCACUGCAGUCACUCCUGGCAAGAAACAGACGCCGGGCAUACUGAACGUGGGCGCUGCGACCAGGGCCACGGUUCAACCUCGCCCCACCGACUCGACCACGGCUACCGCGUCCGAGAAGUCGGGGGCGGCAGUCGACUCGGCAUCUGCCUUCCCGGCACUCCCGACGCCGACUACUGCGGCUUUCCCCUCGCCCUCACCUGUUGUCCGAACGGCGCCUAAAACCCUUCGGGUUGUGUCGACUCCAAAGGGCGAGGCGCCUCCUCCAAUGACGGCAGCUGCCGCUCUCGCGGCCGCGUCGGCCACUUCUGGCCGGUCCUCGGCGCUGUCGUCACAUCGUCCUGGGACGCCGCAUAGCGAGUUCAUCUCGGAUACGGCCUCGAUAGUGUCGGGCAGUAUUACCACGUCGCGGCCCAACUCGCCGCCCCCGGCCUCCAGGAUAGGGUCAGCGGCGGUUCGCUCCACUACCAAGAGCCAGCAGCGCAAACAACGCAAGCAGGCCACCAAGCUGGAGUCGGCCGCCCUGAUUUCGUCCAGCACCCAGCCGACUCCUGUGCCCGAGGCUGAGGAGCCUGUGAUCGCGCCCAUCAUUGGGCGCAAGAAGAAGCAGAAGAAGGAGAAGGCAGCCAGCAGCUCGCCGACCCCUGUCGAGACCCGAUCGGCUACUCCCGCUUCGCCACAGGUUCCGGCGAAGGAGGACAUGGAAAAGGAGGAGAGUGGCAAGAAUGGGCCCAUCAAGGACGUGGACGUAGGGGAGCAGGCGCCUCCGACGCUGCAGAAGCAACAGCCUGCCAGUAACGACAAAUCGAGCAAGCAGAGCAAAGCGACCGAGAACGGAAAAGGCAAGGGCAAAGAAAAGGAACAGGGAAAGGAUACGCCAGCGUCGCCCGCCCAUGCGGCUGAGGAGACGCCAGAGAAAGAGCCGUCCUUGGACGAUGCAAAGACAGCAUCUGGGAAGGUGGCGCCUACCCCGGCGUCGACCUUGCACGAACUUGAGGAGAUAGGGCUCAUCGGGGACGCGUCCAGGAUCAAAUUUCUGGAACCCAUUAUUGGUAUUGGCCAUAAGCCUGAUCGGGCCGACGCAGCAGCUGCAGCCGCCGCAGCAGCAGCCGCCGCCGCCGCCGCCGCCGCCGCCGCUGCUGCUGCUGCUGCCACGUCCAAGGACAGCUCUGGGUCAACAAAGUCGAUCGUGAACGACGAGGAUCACGCGGCGCUACUUGGGGGGGCAGGUGACUGCGUGCGCAACCUCACGGAGGAGGAGGAGAACCGGUUCCUGGAGCUUCAGGAGUCCCUCGCGGCGACUGUGGGCACGCCGGCGUUUUACACGCACCCGCGACACGAGGCCACGGGCGGCUUCAGCCUGAUAAAGGGCAGAGCGGUGCCCAACGGACCGCCGUCCUUUUUCCCGCCGCCGCGCGGGUCGUACGCGACAGACCCGGUUGGGAAGAUCCAGCGCGAGGAGGCCAUCUACUACAUCAACCAGUACGUGCUGCCCAAGCUGAACCUGGGGGCGUCCAACCUCGGCCUGCCGGCGCAGUGGAAGGGCAACGGGGCCGGGCCGGGGCCGGCAGGGACGGGGGCGAGCAUCCACCCCGACGGCAGCAUCAACGCGUCGGCGAGCACCAGCCUCUCGGCCAUCAUGCCGUGGAUCUACAGCUCGUCGGCCGGUGGGCCUGUGGACCCCAUCGAGCCGUGGUCGGGCGAGGGGCCGGACGAGGCGCUGCUCUCGUCGCUCGCCGACGCCGGCGCGGUGCAUCCGCAUCAUCACCACCACAACCACCACCACCAACACCACGCCGCGGGGCCGUCAGGGCUGUCGUCGUCGGCACCGGCACCGACGUCGUCAUCGCCGCCGCCGGCAACGAGCGGCAGCCGGACGCUCGGCAACGUGCCGCUCAUGAGCGUCGAGGACGCCGAGAAGGCGCUCCAGCUGGCGCGGCGCGAGACGGAGAAGCUCGAAAAGUCGCUGAGCCAGGUCAUAAGGAAGAACCGACGGCUGCUCGUGGGCGGCGGCGGCGGCGGCGGCGGGCCGGCGAGUUGA